AUGCACGAAGAGUCGCCGGCCAACUCCAUCCGUCGCCCAACCGAUCCAGAUGGCCUGGUGUUGGAAGCCUGGGCCCAGGGCUUCAUGGUUGGGGGCCUGCUGUUCAUGAUUGCCAUCACCAUUGCCAACAUGAGACGGCGGGUUCUGCUUCAUAAACUGAUUCUCCUAGAGUUGAUCCUCGGGAUAGGUCAUGGUACAUUUUUGUUUACUCACGAGCCAGUCUAUGGUUGGUAUCUCUCAAUAACUGCGGUCGGCCUGAACAUGUCUUGGAGUCUUCAUAAUGUGAUAGCAUGGAUGAAGAACAGGCCAUUCUUGAGCCGCCGGGUUUCGAUGUUCUAUAUUGGAACCGUCAUUUUGGCUCAGCCGUAUUGGAUUCUCGAGAUAUAUGCGAAUUUCGCCUUCUUCAACAACAUCAACAUGAUUUUCUUGAAAACCAGGCCCUGGGAGCCUCUCUUUCGUGAUCCAUGGUGGAUAUACACAACCUGCAAUAUAUUCUGGGUGAUCAAGUCUCAGUACAGCUUCAGCUUUGCCGAACUCGUUCGCCACAGUCCCAGAUUCGGAGUCAUGCUAGUUUCGAUGUGUGUCUCUAUCAUUUUUAUAAUCGUUGACAUUCUAAGUGUCGUCGGUGUGUUUCGAGGAGCGCUACCGACAGGGCUCAAUCCCUUCUGGAAGAUAUCAUUUGUCUGCAAAUGUCUUUGCGAUGCUGUCGUCCUUGACGAUUUCAAGACGGCACUGGAUAGAUUGCGGGACUACUGGCUAUUGAAAAAUGGUGCUGCCGAGGCUCUGACUAGUGACCCAUCAUCCAGCAGGCGGAACGAUACCAUAGCUCGUCGAAGCCACGGGGCCGGUGCAAACACUUUGGUAAUCCUCGAGCCCGAGCCUACAAAGAGUCGAACUAGAGGAGAUAGCUGGAAUUUCAGCCGCCCUCUCCAGCCGAACUACACUAGCACACGAAGUGUCUACCCACCGCCCUUCCGAGGGUAUAACCGGACAGAACCAGAUGAUGGCGAUGUCUGA